AAUCAAAGCUUUUCAAUUCAAUUUUCCAUAAACAUUUUCAAAUUUAACUAUAGAUCAGAACCGUUGGAUUUUUUUUCUGCGUUUGGAUCCGAAUCGUUCGUACUCAAUCGUAGAUUGCAAUUUUGUUCAUGUUUAAUUUCGUUUUCUCGUGUUUUUGUUUAGCUGACUGUGACUUCAAUGACGUUGUCUGUUUUCGUUGUCAAUUAUAUUGUUUCCUUUAAAUAUUCUUUCAUUGUCAUUCAUUUACUCUGAUGUGCACGAAGAUUGUUAAUUUCGCUUUGAGUUAACGAGGAAAAUUGAUUUUAAAACUUAGCAUUACGAUUAGAAAAUAAGGAAAUACGUGGUUAAUUUUGGUUAUGAUAAUUUAAUUGUUGAAAUUUGAUUCUAGCGUAAAAUUUAACAUUAUGUUUAGAACUGUGCUUCUCCUGUUUAGUAAUGUCGGUUGUGAGUUAGAAUAGGAUCUGCUGGCUUCGAAGCAUCCCAUGGAAGCAAGCUUGUUUGGCUUAGCUAUUUGGAAUUUCUAUGCAGAUGGCGUGGGAAUCUCUGUUGUGUGAUGAAAGGAGGCCCCUGCAGAUUAAGAUGGAGGGGUAAAGAACUGUCUCUCAUUCUCAUUGUUCUUGUCUGUGCAACCAUUCUUGUUUGGACAUGGGACAGAAGUCCAGUACUUACUUCCUCACUACCAUCUAAAAAUCAGUUGUUGCAGCUCUCUCCAGAACACAAAAGCCAUGUGAGAGAGGAUAUUUCUACGUCGAUACAGAGGGAAGUCAUAAAUAACAAAGAGGAACGUCAUGUGGAUAAAAUACCUUCUACUGAUACUGCCAAAAGUUCUUCAGAAUUUGAAACAUUUCCUAUUCAGAAGAAAGAAGAAGAAACAGCAAAACACAAAUACAGUCCACAAAGAGAGAAAACUGGUGUUGUUAAAAGUGGAUCAAGUUCAACACAGAUAGAAGAAACAAACAAUGUAAUUUUAGGAGAAAAAACUUCAGAACAAGAAGAAAAGAGAGUGGAGAAUCAAGCCUGUAAUUAUGCAAAAGGAAAAUGGGUUAUAGAUGAUAGACGGCCUUUAUAUUCUGGGUUUGGUUGUAAACAGUGGCUAGCACCAAUGUGGGCUUGCCGGUUGAUGCAGCGUCAAGAUUUUGCCUUUGAGAAGCUAAGAUGGCAACCAAAAGAUUGUGAAAUGGAAGAGUUUGAAGGGUCAAAGUUCUUUAAACGGUAUUAAUAUCUUGUCCUUGAAUAUUUUUUAAAUAAUUGGUCAGCCCAUGUAUUGUUUGAAAAUGAUUAUAGCUCUUCACUUGGUCCUUCCAACUUCACCUUAAUCAGAAGAACUG